UUCCUCAACAGUUUUUAUUUUCCCUCCAUUUUCAUUUAUAGCAGAUUCUUCUUCAUUUUUGCAGAAACCCUUUAAACCUCAAUUCAUUCCUUAUUCCUUAUUUUUAUGAUUACACACCAUUUUUUUUUUCAAUAAUUUGAUUAUUUCUCACUCAAAUUGUUGAUUAAUUCCUCCAUAAUUUACUAUCCGUUGUGUUAUAUUUUCCGAAAUUAGGGUUAUUUUUAUGAAUUCUUCUAGUAAGAGGACAGUUAACGAAGAUGCUAAUUGCUCAAUCAAUAAGAAGAAGAAAUUUCUGCAUUCUUGGAAGCAUAAGAAUUCUUCAAUUUGGAUUGACCUGGUUAAAUUAGGUCAUAAAUUUGAUGAUAAGAACAAUGAAGAUGAUGAAAGUUGCAAUUCCAUUUCUUCAAUGGUCGAACCUAAUCAGGCGUACACAAUUGGGAGAAGCAAUCAUCUUGCAGAUCUUAUAUUCAAGGAUCCUCGUGUCAGUAAGCAACAUUGUCAGAUUUUAUAUGAUGCAUUUUUUAAGAAAUUAUACCUUCUUAAUGGUGUUCUUUCGAUUUCUGGUUUUAAUUCUACUUGUAGAAAUUACUGUAUUGUUAAUCAAUUUAGAGGGAGGUUGAUUGUUGAGGAUACUCAUGGGGAGAAAAAGAAUGUUUCUUGUUGUGAUUGUACAUAUGAUUAUACAGCUUCCAUGAAUGGAGUAUUUGUCAAUGGGGUUAAAAUGAGUGAGGGUAUGGUUGUUGAAUUGCGGGUUGGAGAUGUGGUUAUGCUGGUUUGUGCAAAUGGAAUUGGUGUUUGUGGAUUGGACUCUUGGAUUGGGUUUAUAGUUCGAAAAGUUGUUUCGUUCGAAGAGGUUGUUUUGGCGGGGUUUGAUGAUUUUCAGAUUGAGAGGCCGAGGUUAUUUAGACACACGUUACCGGUUAAGGUGAACAAGAGGGUUAUGGCUUUGAGAGUGAGUGACUCGGAGAGUGAUGGCGUUGUUAGAAGAGCUAAGUCUCUCUUGGCUUACUGCAGCCAAAUAUUAAGUAGUGAUGAUCCUGUGUCUUGUAUCAGACGGUGUAUAGAUUCUUGCUCUUCAGUUGGUGGAGCAUAUGACUAUAUGGUUAAGGGGAGAAAAAUUCCUGCUAUUGAGCCAAGUAGUGAUGUGAAAUCCUCAAUGAAGAGUGUUUCAAAUGUAAAGAAACAGUCCUUUGAGACAGCUCAUUCUACAAAUCCCAAGGAGUUCACUAGCAAAGACAUUAUUCAUAUUGACAACAAUGUUGCAUCUUCUGAACCAAUCUGUGUAAAUGGGAAGGAUCAUUGUCCUCGUAUAGCUAUCAGUAAUAAUGGAUGCCAGGAUAAGCUUCCUCCACCAGGGAAGAGUUUUUAUUUGAAUGGCCUCAAAAGCAUGCAUAUGGGUUCCUCCGCACAACAUAAAGGUGUUUCCUUGCCAGAAAUUCUGCAUCCUGUCAAUAAUAUCUUGAGAAUGUUUAUUGCUACUUUUACUAGUGACAUUGAUUGGUUUUUGUCAUAUUGUGAUAUUCCAUCCCAUCUUCCCAUUACUGUUGCGUGCCAUAACACUGAGAGAUGCUGGAGUGGGGACCGCAGCAAGAGAUCAUGUACGCCUAAUCCCAACUUCCCCAAUUUAGUUGUACUGUUCCCUCCUUUUCCCGAUUCAAUAGCAUUUGGUAAGGAUCGGAAGAACCGCGGUGUUGGUUGUCAUCAUCCUAAGUUACUUGUUUUGCAAAGAGAAGAUAGCAUCCGAGUCAUAAUAACUUCUGCAAAUCUGGUGGCUAAGCAGUGGCAUAAUGUAACCAACACUAUUUGGUGGCAAGACUUUCCACGCAGAAAAGUUCCUGACUGCACAACCCUUUUUCCUUUGUUUAAGGGAAAUGUGAAUAAAGUAUUGAAAUCCGAUUUUGCUGCUCAAUUAGCAGGAUUUAUGGCGAUUCUUGUGUCUGAUGUUCCUAGUGAAGCUUACUGGAUAGCUGAGUUGUCCAAGUAUAGUUUUUCCGGGGCUGAUGGUUAUCUAGUUGCUUCAGUACCUGGAAUUCAUUCGCAUAGAUCUUUGUCUGCAACUCCACCAGCCUAUAAAUUUAAAUGUAGUGAAAUGUUGCUUGGCUCAGUUGAAGCAUCUGUUGUUGGUUUAAGUCAUCUUUUCCGGACAGCAACAGAUUCAAAUGGUGUACAACUUAAGAAAUUGGCUGCUUAUCUUGGCAAAUUUUCAGGAAACGUAUGUGGAAUGACAAAGGUUGUAUUAAGAAGAGAAAAGAAUAUACCUUCGGAUCCGAAUGCUGUGAGUGUUGUUGUUCCUAACCCUGUGAAUCCUAAAGGAGACUGUGUACAACUUGGAUUCCUUCCUCGAGCCAUUGCACAGUGGGUUUCUCCAUUAUGGGAUAUGGGAUUUUUUAGAUUUGGUGGACAUCUCUGUCCCAGGGAAGCUCUUUCAGCUGCUCUUGGAGAAAACAACAAAAAAGUGCGGUUGAUUCUUCAUAUAUCUCAGGGGCCCAGCGUUUUAGACAUACCCAAGAUGAUGGAACCUGAACAUGUUGCUGCAUUUUGUUCUCUUGUUACUUCAGUUCAGAGGUGUACAGGUCUAUGGAGAAUGGAAGAGGUCCUACAUCAAUAUAAUUGGCCUGAGCAGUUAGAGUCAGAUUUUGUUUAUGGUUCUUCUUCUAUUGGGACUUCAGUUAAUGCACAGUUUUUAGCAGCAUUUUCUGCAGCUGCUGGUAAGAGAUCACAGCAUGUGUUUGAUUCAGAAGAGUCUGAUCCUGAGUGGGGAUGUUGGACUGCGACCCAUGAGCUGAAGCAUCCAUCCAUGAGAAUAGUUUUUCCGACUAUUGACAGAGUGAAGAGUGCUCUCUGUGGAAUGUUACCUUCAAAGCGCCUUCUUUGCUUUUCAGAGAAAACUUGGCAAAAAUUGAAGAUGGUAAAUAUACUCCAUGAUGCUGUUCCCCAUCCUUGUGCAAGAGAAGGUUAUCCCAUGCACGUGAAGGUAGCAAGGAGACGUUUCGCAUCCAAGACAGAUGGAUCUUCAUUUGGCUGGAUUUAUUGUGGGUCGCAUAACUUGAGUGCUGCUGCCUGGGGACGACCUAUUUCAAGCCAAUCUGGCCGGCUAGUUAAUGGAGCAAGUGAACCGCAGUCUUCCACUUUAAGGCUUCAUGUAUGCAACUACGAACUUGGUAUCAUAUUUGUUUUUCCUCCCCCUGAGAUUAGGGAUAGCAAUCUGGACAACUCUCCGAGUUUGGAUGAUAUCAGUUUGCCUUUUGUUGUGCCUGCCCCGAGAUAUGGGCCAACAGAUAGACCAGCAACGAUGCGUGCAAUGAGUGACGCCUUGGCUGAAGUUGCAAAGAACGGAAAACUCCUCGAUCUUGCUGCUGUAGAAGAGAUAGUUGAAGAAGUUCCAGAUGAAGAUGAUGAGGUUGAAGUAGUGAAUUGUUUGGCACGUGAAGAGGAAGAGGAGAAAGCAUAUGCUGAUGUAUUGUGGCACCAGGUUGAUUCAUCUCAAAGCUGUUAAGUUCUCUUUGACCUUUAGAAACAUUACUUGAUGUAACUUACAAGUUACAACAUAUAUACAAGCUAGGUCACUUCAAAUGUGUAGACCACUUAUUGAGGCUUUAUGAAUCCAAAAAAGGGUUAGCUACAAAUAUAAAUGUAGUGGUAUUUUUUUAUAGUUGGCCUGAGAACGUUUAGGAGCAGCAGCUGUAGUCUUGAUUGCAGUCGGUGCAGCUUCGGUUGAAACUGAAAUCAGCAGGCAUCAGAAACUUGUCUUCCAUUCCAGCUUCGGUCGAAUGUGAAGAGCUUCGGUCAAGAUUUGAUAUUGCUGUUACAGAAACUUUGAUGGCAUUCAAGAUUUCAGAGAUUUGGUCGAAACCCAUUGGCGAAGCUUCACUUGUGAUCACUCAGAUAUUUGUAUUUCCAUUCGAACAUGAAGCUUCGGUCGAAGCUUCAUAAAUGGUCGAAGCUUCAUAAAUCUCGGUCGAAGCUUCAAUUUCCAGAAGCUGAUUAGUGACCUGUGCAAUGUGCUGGGCCAAUUUUCUCAAGUCUUCAGAGUUCGGUCGAAGCCGUGCAAUGUAGGUCGAAACUUACUGAUUUGCUUCCACAAACUUUUGAGGUUGAAGUGAGCAGUAAUACCAGAGUUUUGGUCGAAACCCAUUUAAUUUACUAUAAAUAAGGUGCAAAAUAAGAGUUUUGUACAUAACCCAGUCCAACAAUUUUAUUUAACUUAGCUUCCAGCGAAGCUCAUAUAAUCUGGACCUACAAAAUAUUCUAAAUGACUUGGAAUCUCAUCAAAUGUUUAUGAAACCUCUUUACAUCUAUAAAAUAUAU